CCAGCAGGUCAUCACCUGGAGGAAAAAGAAAAUUUGAUUGUUUUCCUUGACUGAAGAAAAGGGAAAUGGCAUUGAUGCUGCUGAGCCGACAUUUAAUGUGUUCACUGCAGCAGAAUUCAAGGAUAUUUGCAGCUGGGCACCGAGGAAUCAGCCAAGCCGCAGCGAAGAUUGAUGUGGAAUUCGACUAUGAUGGGCCGCUUAUGAAGACAGAGGUCCCCGGACCAAGAUCUAGGGAAUUAAUGAAGCAGUUGAAUGGAAUCCAGAACGCAGAAGCUGUGCACUUUUUCUGCAACUAUGAGGAGAGCCGAGGGAAUUACCUAGUCGAUGUUGAUGGGAACCGUAUGCUGGACCUCUACUCCCAGAUUUCCUCCAUCCCUAUAGGAUACAGCCAUCCUUCUCUAAUAAAACUUCUACAGCAACCGCAGAAUCUGAGCACCUUUGUCAACAGACCUGCCCUGGGGAUCUUGCCUCCGGAAAACUUUGCGGAAAAGCUAAAGGAAUCACUGCUGUCGGUGGCUCCUAAGGGCCUCUCACAGGUUAUCACAAUGUCCUGCGGAUCUUGCUCUAAUGAAAAUGCCUUCAAGACCAUCUUCAUGUGGUACAGGAACAAAGAACGAGGACACAACAGUGUUACCAAGGAAGAGCUGGAAACCUGCAUGAUUAACCAGCCCCCAGGUUGUCCCGAAUACAGCAUGCUUUCCUUCAUGGGUGCGUUCCACGGAAGAACCAUGGGUUGCUUGGCCACCACACAUUCUAAAGCCAUUCACAAACUGGACAUCCCUUCCUUUGACUGGCCCAUUGCACCGUUCCCAAGGCUAAAAUACCCGCUGGAGGAGUUUGUGAAGGAGAAUGACCAGGAGGAAGCGCGCUGCUUGGAGGAGGUAGAAGAUUUAAUUGUGAAAUACAGGAAAAAGAAGAAAAUUGUGGCAGGGAUCGUCAUUGAGCCGAUUCAGUCUGAAGGGGGAGACAACCAUGCCUCAGAUGACUUUUUCAGAAAGCUGAGAAACAUUGCCAAAAAGCAUGGGUGCGGCUUCUUGGUGGACGAGGUGCAGACAGGAGGUGGGUGCACAGGGAAGUUUUGGGCCCACGAACACUGGGGACUGGAUGACCCAGCUGACGUUCUGACCUUCAGUAAGAAGAUGAUGACGGGAGGAUUCUUCCACAAGGAGGAAUUCCGGGCGAAUGCUCCAUACCGGAUUUUCAACACGUGGCUUGGGGACCCCUCCAAGAACCUCCUGCUUGCAGAAGUCAUUAACGUGAUAAAACGAGAGGACCUCUUGGGCAACGCUGCUCACGCUGGGAAGGUUCUGCUGACGGGGCUGCUGGAUUUGCAGAACCGCUACCCACACCUGGUCAGCCGGGCGCGAGGCCGGGGGACAUUCUGCUCAUUCGACACACCAAAUGACGCUAUGAGGAAUAAGCUGAUUGCAAUAGCCAGAAACAAAGGUGUGGUGUUGGGAGGCAGUGGAGACAGAUCAAUCCGUUUUCGGCCCACUUUGGUCUUCCGGGAUCAUCAUGCGCACCUCUUCCUAAACAUCUUCAGCGACAUCUUAGCAGACUUCAAGUAGCCAAGUCUUA